CACCCUUGCCAGACGAACUGCGGCGGCUCCAGUAUCCUGCAGGCAAGAGGGUUAAAUCACAAGAACAACCGACCUGCCCAGAUUGAACUGCUAUUCAUUUACCUCGUUUGGAGAUACCGUGGCCGUUCAUCCAGAAUACCUACGGAAGAAAGUUUCAACUGUCGUUCUGCUCCAUCUCUGCAAUAUAGCCUAUACUACCUGUUGCUGCUAGUACAACCGACGGAGAAGAGGGGGAGACUACACUUUGCGACACUUGGAUCUCUUAUAAACACACUUUGUAGGGAUUUGGAUUUCGCAACCAUUGACAACCUUUUGCACACCAAGUGUGUUAUUUUGUAUAUGUCCUUUUUGGGAUAUAUAGUGUUUUUACCAUCUUAUCUAUAGUAUAAACUUUUUUAAAGUGCCUUAGAACUGGUAGUAAUCCAGUAUUUGGGCACUAUUCCCACACCAGAGACUCAACCAGUGAUUAUCACAUAGAAAAUCACAGGAUCUAUCCCUAUAACCCGGUUUCGCCAUGAGUCAAGGGGAUGUAUCAACUUGCUCUGCGCCUCAGAUAGUAUUCCAAGAGGCGGUGAAGCAAGGCAACACAAAGGAACUCCACUCUUUGCUCCAGAACAUGACAAACUGCGAAUUCAAUGUCAACUCCUUCGGGCCCGAAGGACAGACGGCGUUGCAUCAGUCAGUAAUCGACGGGAAUCUCGAACUUGUAAAACUGCUGGUGAAAUUCGGAGCCGAUAUUCGAUUGGCGAACAGGGAAGGGUGGAGUGCCUUACACAUUGCCGCUUUUGGAGGACACCAAGACAUAGUCCUAUACCUCAUCACUAAGGCAAAGUACUCCUCUGGCGCACGGUGAUCUGCUACAUUGCUGUCAGGUAAACACACGGAAAGCCAGGCUCUUGUAAAUUUGCGUUUCGAUCUAUAGUUGUGCCAAAUUAUAGCCUACAAAAAACAGUAACUUCCCUUUCAUCAAAACCAAACGGGGGUCUCUCUCACUCGUGAGUCAAACACCACAUGGUUCUUGUAUCCGCUUCAGCAUAAAAAAAAACGCCAUUUUGGUGGGUUGGUACUAAAGCUUUUUUCUUGAACAUGUGUAAUAGAUUGGGACGUAUAAAAUAAGUAAGCCAGUGUUUGGGUCCCGAGACCUGAUAGCAGCCUAGUUCUACGCAGAGAUAUACUUUCUAUAUAUUUUUUUGCCGCGGUUACAUUGAAACGCUUCUUUAUUGGGCUUCAUAUGGAGGUGUCGACCUGUAGCUGCGAUGUUCACUUGUAGGACCCUUUAAAAUUAUUUUAUAUACUAAAAGAUGUCACUUGUUGCUGUGGUUGCAUGCUGGAAUAUAUGAAAGGGAAGAAAAGGUGAACACGGGAAAUGAAGGCCAUCCUGUAUUUGGCUAUUAUAUUUCUGUUUUAAAUGAAAAGAUUUGAUCUAUUACAAAGAGCAGCAUUAUUAGGCCUAUAUAUCCAAUUCGCUUUUCCAGAUGUGUAAUCAUUGUAACAACUAUUGACUUAAAUGUUGUUAAGUACUUUACACAAUAGCUUUACUUUGUUUCUUUAUAAAAAGUAGCUAAAUGGGCUUUGCCUUCUUCAAGCAGGCUGCGGGCAUGCAUCAAUGUCUUUUCAGGCCAGUGCGACCGCAGUGUCAAUGGUUAGUUAAUGUGAUAUAAACCGCUGCUUUCGCUUUGUAUCAAAACGUCAGGAAAGUCGCAUUAAGUCGCAUAAUCUCCUUUCAGUAUUUUAACGAACAACACCCUGGUCAUCACUGUGAAUGCAGGCUGGGUUCUAUUUAUGAAGGUACAUUGACAAGAUGCAUUUAGAAUAUGCUGUGGUUAUUUUUUUCAAAUCAAAUCUAUUACAUUUAAGAAUAUUUAGGGUGACUUAUAAAGCUGCUUCAGACUCUAUGCGUAUCAUAGUAUAAACUGUCCUGUAGGAGACCCCAUCAUGUCACAAUAAGCCUACAUUCGACCGUGCUAAAGAGACUCUUCUUUGUCCCUCAUGAACUUGUUGUUUGGUUUUCUUUGCCAACUACCUCGACUGUAAAGUAUUCAAAACCAUUGGACUCUUGCUCACUCCACAACACUCCAAUAUGGGGAGUCACACACAUCCUUUAGCCCAGUGGUUCCCAACCAUUUUUGGUUACUGUACCACCAACUGAAUUUUGCUCUGCCCGGAGUACUCCUGUAGU